UAAUACCUCAGAGCAGACUGGCCGACUAGUGGAUAACACGGAGUAAACUGCCUGCGGUGCGCCGGAAUCCGCAUUGCCGAAGCUGAGGUCAGAUACAGACGCUGGCCGGAGACAUCGCACCAUGGCAGACGGCGACAACAAGAGCACAAAUCUCCUGGCGCAGGAGAUUUCCCAACUGGAGGAGCAGCUUCAGGGGUGGGGCGAGGUGAUCCUGGCUGCUGACCACGUCCUGCGCUGGCAGAAAUCCUGGUUUCCCGGCGCCCUUAUUGGAGUCACCACCGUGCUGUUCACGCUGAUCUAUUACCUGGACCCUUCAGUCUUGACCGGAGUCUCCUGUAGUGUGAUGCUCCUGUGUCUGGCUGAUUACCUUGUUCCAACCCUGGCCCCAAAGAUCUUUGGCUCCAGCAAAUGGACCACCGAACAACAGCAGCGCUUCCAUGAGAUCUGUGGGAACCUGGUGAAGCUCCAGAGGCGUCUGUUGGGCUGGUGGAGGCGCAUUUUUGCCCUCAAGGAGGAGAAACCAAAAAUGUACUUCCUGUCUGUGAUCUCCUGUCUGGUAGUGAUGGCCUGGAUUGGGCAGCAGGUCCACAACCUAUUCCUGACCUACCUGAUCGUGACUGUGCUGCUCCUCCUCCCCGGCCUGAACCAGCACGGCAUCCUCGCCAAGUACACCGGCAUGGCCAAGAGGGAGAUCAACAAGCUGCUCAAGCAUAAGGAGAAGAAAAAUGAGUGAAACAGACACGCAGGAGACGUUUGUUUGCUUGGCAUUGGGACUUGAGAUCCAUGCCACCCCCCACCUUACCCCUCUCCUACAGUGCGCUCCUAGAAUACUCACAGAUCCUGUAGGAAUUCUGUAGGCAAAAUUGAUAGAGCGAAGCAAAUGUUACCUGUUAUGUGCUCUAUUACGGAAGAUAACCACAAGUAGUCGUUCACCACACACACUUCAUGAGUCCCACCUUAAACAUCUGCUUUUUCAGACUCUGGCCUAUUUGCUUUCACUAGUGACUAGCUAAAAUACUGAAGUUCAGGUCAGAAGGGAAAGCCAGUUUACAGCUAAGAGUAUUUUUAAUCUUGUUCAUUUUCAAUGCUAUGCUGAGGUUAUACUAUAAAAUAAGCAGUAUGUGUCACAGUGAAUGUCAAUUAGUGAAACAUACGGAUGAAUUAUGAUGAAUUAUUUGUGACACGAAACUGGAUAAUUAUAUUCCGAGACGUUGUGGUCAGUAUACUCUGUACUAUCAGGAUCAUAGCUAUACGUGUAAUGCAUAUGUAAGCUUAUGGCUUUAAGUGUACCAUAAGUGUACCACUUUUUCAUAAGCCUUUAUGAGAAAAGUGUGAUUCAGAAGAAGCUCCUUGAGGAGACUGUGUGCCAGACUGUGCUGAAAUCUGCUGUACUGAAAGAACACUGGAUUUUUUUUGAAUAUCUGGCCUACUGAAUCAGAAACCCCGGCUGAUUAUGAUUUUACCAGUGGGCUUCAGUGACUUCUGUAAAUAUCCGACCUCUGCUUUUUAUUUUGGCCUUUAUUUGAUGUUUAUCAUUUAAAACCUUCAUUUAUUCAUUUUCAUCUUUUUUUUUCCCAAUGGUAAUAAAGAUACACAUUACACUUG